AUGUCAGGGCGCAAGCAUCUAGGGUCCUCUCGUGCUCUCUCCCAUUCUUCCUCCUCCCCCGCCGUCCGGGCCCUUCCGGUCGCCGCCCUUGAAGACCGCUUCAUCGCUCGCCACCGCGAGAUCCAGUCUCUCCUCCUAGACAACCAGCGCCUCGCCGCCGCCCACGUCGCCAUCAAGCAAGACCUCGCUGUCACCCAGCAGGAGCUCCGCAGUCUCACCGCCGCUGCCGCCAACGUUAAGGCCGAGCGCGAUGCCGAGGUGCGCGAGAUCUACGAGAAAUCGCUCAAAAUGGACGCCGAGGUCCGCUCCAUCGCCGCCAUGAGCUCCGAGCUCGAUCAGGUGCGGGCAGAUGUACAGGAGCUCGCCGCGUCGCGAAAGGAGAUAGCUUCAGAGCUGCAGUCGGUCGAGAACGACCUCGCGAGGGCACGCGCCGAGUCACAGUAUGUGCCUCCGAUCAAGGCUGAUAUAGAGGCCAUGCGCCAUGAGAUUCAACGAGGAAGGUUUCGCCUUGUGUGA